AUGUUUAGAAGACUGUGGAUAUUGAUGGCACUAUGUGCUGCUACAGAUGUGCAGGUGGUGGACAUGUUCCGCGCGGCGAAGAAUCCUGUGAGCUCAGGCAAGGAAACCAGAAAUAUGACCAACAACAAUUUAGCUGAUAUUCAAGGCGUUCUGCGCUACUUGCAUCAGGAGAUUGUCGUGGAGCAUGCUCAAGGUGAUCCUCAGCGCACUGAAAGGAAGUAUGGCAUUGACUCCAUCGCGCGCUACCGGGUCUCCGUGCGCAAUCCCAACAGCAUCGACGCCAAAGCUCCAAUCUUGGGCUUCAGCCCCGCCUUCACGGCCUUCGACUAUGGCGUGGCCACCAGCCCCUCAGCCGCGAACCGCCAGGUUGGCGACUUUGUGGGCAUCCAGAGGCAUGACCAAUCCGAUGUCGCUAUGAUUGUGGCAUAUCCGUAUUACUGGUUUAGCUUGCCGGGCUUGUGCCCCAACCUCCCUUGGACGUGCAUCAAGGGCAGUUCGAAGCCGAACUGCCCGAAGAAGGCCUCCGACGUGGGCGUGGUGCCGCAGGUUUGUCAAGAUCGAGGGUGUGCAGGCAAGAAGGACGAGGAGGCGCAGAAGUGCCAAGCCAACUUUUCGGAUCCAGACUCCCUGGGCGACUGCUGUUUGAGAUACAGCAACGGUGACGAGAAAGAACAGGCCUGGAUUUCGACAUCGACCAUGGGCACCAAAGUGGCUGUGAUGUAUGCCUUUUGCAGUGUCUUCGCCCUGGUGCUGCAAUCGAUCGCGACGCAGAUCAAGUGGCAUUCCUUGCGGUUCAUGAACUCGAUCACUAGCAUGACGCUCAUGAAGAUGGAGACCGGGCUCUUGUACACCCGUGUGGACACUGGUUCCAGCCUUUUGUGCUUCUACCGCGACCAGUCUCGCCUGAAGCCCGGCAUGUGUGAUCGCUUAUCGGAAGGCAUCACGUUGCAAGAUGCUGCGGAUGAAUGGUGUUCGCCCCUGCUGAUCGCCACCUUCCCUGCGCCCUGUGAAGGUUUCAAGAUGGCCUACUUCAUGGGCAUGGGGGCCUUGUUCGCUAUGGCUUUGAACGUGGUGGCCAUUAUCGUUUGCCUCUUUUUGAUCGCCCAGUACUUGGAAGGCACUUUGCACAAGGGCUCGUAUCGACUUUGGGCCAUGGGAAUUCACAUCAUCGCGACACUGAUCCUGCUGGGCAGCUAUGCCAUGUACAUCAUCCUGGCGAUCCGGGCCUUGGAUGAUGUGGGAGGCAAGGGCGUGCCGCUGUUAGCCAUGGCUAGCAAGGGCACCGGGAUGAGUUUGGGAGUGGUGGUCAUGGGUGCCGGGUUGAUCUUUCAGAUCCUGGCGGCCGCCUUGCUGGUCGCUGUGAAGUUGGGCGACGAAGAGACGAAGGAUGAAAAGGAGGUUCGCAAGUGGAUGAAGGAAGACGCUCGCUGGGCUCAGGAGGGCGGCUAUGGCGGAGAAUAUGGCAGCUGGGGCUAUGGAGAGUCCUUUCAGGCCACACAGUACGAGGGCUACGACCCCAAUCACUUCGCAUAUGACCCCAACCAAGCUGCCUUUGCUGCUCCUCAGUUCGCUGCUGCCACACCUUGGGAUGCCGGCGCGAUGCCCACGGCAGUGGGGGCAGACCCCAUGGCGGCGUCCUUCUCAAAGGUCGUGAUCCAGGGCGGCCUUUGCGAGGGCCCGCCCACGGGCCAGCACGGCUGUGUGUACUCCUACCCUGCACUUGAAGACAAGGACGUGAUGAGUCUCGACGAACUGGUGGGCAUCCCUUCGAUGAAAUGUGGGGCAUCGGGCGAGAGGGCUUGUACCGAUUGGGCGGAUUGGCGGAAGAACUGUUACGACCCAGAGAACAAGUACAAGAAGAGAUUUCAGAAGACGGACAAUCCGGAUAAGACCAUGAAAGUGGAGGUCGUGGCCACGGACUACUGUGUGGAGUACGACCUUCACCCCUACUGCCAGGAUCGAGAGGGGCUUUGCACCAACGUGGACUGUCAAGGGCUGACAGACUCCGAGAAAGAGAUUGGAUUGCCUUUCUGGCUGGGCAGGUGCGAGGAAGGGCAGAAUACCAAGCGAGCAGAGGCCAUUGCAAGAAAGGCCCUGGGGCAGGAGAACUUGAAGAACCACGUCAUGGUAGACAAGGAGUUGCUGACGAGCAACUUCAAAUGUGGCUCCGGCAGCGGCAUGUGCAAACCCAACCCCGACGGCGGGCCGUACUGCUCGCGGCAGUUUGGAGGAGUUUGCACCCCGCUGCCGCACCGCCUCCGCCAGCUUCCCUUCCAAAACGCUGCACAGUUCGUGACAUGUCCGUUUGACGUCCUGGCCAUCGGCGGCUAUACCCCACCACAGGGCACCGAGUGCAAAUCGCAGGAUGCUGCGGACAUUUGUUGCCUCUACGGCAUUGGCGGUGGCUGCAGCAAGUCCUACGCCGACGGAUCCUCGGCUGACUUGACGGUGGCAGGCUUCUUAGGGGUGAUGGCUGCGUCGCUGAAGGACCCGGAUCAGAUGUACAACUUCGCCGUGCAUUGGAUCCAGGAGAAUGGAGGAAAAGUUGAGAAGGAGGACCAGUUGAAAGAGGAAGUCUAUUGGAUGUGGCGAAUUCAUCCCAGCAAGCGUGCGGCGGAGGAAUGGGACAAGUUUCAGGAGAAUCUCAAGGCCAGCAGCGCGGUGAGUUUCCCCGACGAGCCCGGCAAGCCCACCGACGAGCCCGGCGAGCCAACGGAGGAACCGCCAGGUGAGACCACGGUCUCCCCAGGCGCCCAAACAACCCCUUCUCCUGGUCCAGAUGAUGAGCCGCCUGCGCGGCCCUUCCCCAUUUGGACCAUUGUCGCCGCCGUGGGUGCCGCCGCGUUCUUGGUCGCGGGGUGGUUCUACUUAUACCGCAACCCGAACCAGCGCCGUGGUUCCUCGGUGGAAGAGGAUCGCCGGUCAUUGCCCUUUGGCGGCUCCCAGAGGCCACGGGAUGGACACUUCACUGCCACGCUUCGACCCGAAGGAUCCCCCAAGGCUGAGGCCAUGAGCAGCACGCUGGCAUUGCAUGGCAUGACCGAGUCCGCUUUGUUGAACUCGUUCGUGCGAGCGAAAGAGGGCCAUGAAAAAGACGAGUGCUUUCCCGCAGUGGAGCCCACCUCGUGUGUGACCAGAGUGCCUCCACCUCCACCUGGUGGGCAAUGGGUCAGGGGAUUCCAGAUGGUGGAGUGCUCCGCCACCACCGGGUCCUCCCACGGCGUCCUGAAGGCGGUGGCCGGCAGCUCCGCGGUCCGCCUGGGUGUAGUGCGCGGCGCGGCCGUGCGCGGGGCCGAGGGUUCGGUGGGACUGGGGGCCCGGGACCUGUCGGGCUGGAGCAUCCGGGUGGUUGGCGAUCCGAUGGCGAUGGUCGCAGGAGGUGCUCUCACGCGCACGGCCCGAAUCCCCCCGGCCGUGCCGCUGAACUCCGAGCGAAUCGCUGAGGGAAAGCAACGAUGGAUCGCUGAGUUGAAGAAGCGCGUGGAGAAGCUGGUGCCUUCGUUGAACUUCCUUUUGCUUCAGACCUUGAAGCGUGACUCGUGUGUUCAUCAGGUGGUGCAGAAUACGCAGGACUUGCUGUUUGACGUUUGUAGCUUUGUCGAGCGCUGGGCCAGCCCCGACGCCACUCGGGGCGUGUCCGACGUCGAAUUGUUGGACCAUUACUUGAAUGAGCUGGAGUUUGCUUGCUUGUCCGUGACGAUGGCAGUGAACGUGUUGCAUGCUGCGGAGGAUGGGCAGAUGGGAGUGGUCGAUGGCAGGUCCUCUUUGCCCUCCUUGAAGUCCUUGCUGCGCGCCUCGCAACGCAUUCAGGACGUCUAUGGCCAGAUUGGCGAGCUGUCCGCCAGCCGGGGCGAGCUCUACUCGCAGGCCGAGGAUGGUGCUUGGACGCUCCUGCUAGGGCCUGCCAUCCUCGCAGUGCGGGCGGAUGAGGUUCCCGGAUUCCUACGCUAUGGCCUGCAAGUCUCGCCAGGGCUGUCCGUGCAGGAGGACGAAGCCUCCGACGAUGUCCGGCUGUGGGAUUUCCGGAUCGAGGUGGCGCUGGAUGCUCAGCUGUUGGAAGCCCAAGAGCUGCAACUCACAUGUGUCGCUCCAGGCUGUGAGGUGCUACGCUGGAAGGGAGGUUGCUUUGAGAGCCGUGCCGCUUGUGACUUUCCGGACGCCGAGCUGGUGGAAGAGGAUGCUGGAAGUUCCCCCAGUUCGCGGAGCUUCUGGCAACGGCGCCACCAACGCUUGCUGAGCGCCGGGCUCUCCCCCGGCGAGGUGGCUGAAGGUAGCAGCAGCUAUGCCUUUGUGUUUGACGACGACUCAUGCGACGCGGCAGUUCUGCAGCCUCGGGAGGUGCUGCUGAUGGCCAGACUUUGUGCCUUUGAUACAGGGCAUCAGCAGUUCACGAAGUUCGAUGCCGAGGAGCGCAGCUGCCCACCGCACCUGCAAAGCUCAGACGAACUCAUCGCCUUACUCACUGCGUUCCACACCGCGUGA